GGGGGUUGUAUGCGUGUGCCUGUCUGCAUGCGACCUCGCGCGCAAACCCCAAUAGAGACAAUCAAGCAGGCAUUCUCGCAGCUUUCUGUCCGGAGUGCCGAGAGGCGGGGAGGACGUCCCUGUCGACUGGCACUCUCUCACUACGGAACAUUUGGUGGUGAUGGCGGUGAUCAUGAUGGCUGUCAUGGUGGUGGUGAUUGCAGUGGUGCAGUGGUGGUGACUAUAAUGACGGAUGCCACCUUCCUGCACUAUCUGCAGGAGCGGGUCACACGCGCUUCCUCAGAGCAACCGCCACUGCCGCUGGUGAGACGGUUAUGCCCGCUGCCUGCCCCGUGGAGGCUGGGGCGCCUGCGGGCAAUCCGGCCGCCACGGAAAGCAUCCACUGAACUGUACCGAAUGUGUUCAGUUCUCGUCAAAAGAAACAUGUGUUGGCCAACUGGAAAUCAUGCAACAAGGCUUUGUAGAAGUGGCAAGGCAUUCGUGGACGCGACUACGAGAAGUGCACACAAUUCGUUUUCUAAAUCCGAGAGAUUAGUAGCCGACUUCAAAACUUUUGUGGAGAUUGGACAUUGAUAAGAAACACAGUCCUUCUCUUGAUUAUGCCGUCGCCCUCAUCCAGCUCCGAGUGCCACCGACUACCAGGAUAAUCAUAACAUCUGCAGCAACGGGAAUGCGAAGAGGGAAAAAGAGAGAGAGACAAAGAGGGAGAACGAAGGAGGGACGACAGACUGAGAGAAAGGGUGAAGGUGAGAAACGAAGAGAGAGGGGAAGGAAGCGAUAGAAACGAGGGAAAAGGAAUUAACAAAAUGCGGUAUAAAACUGGUGUCAAAUGUAAGAAAACAAACUAAAAGAAACAUGCUACGUAGAUACUGAUUUAACAUACUGUUUGCAUCUGCGAUAAACAAAGCAACUUACUUUAGCAAAUAUGUAACCAGUUUAUUUUCAAAAUACUCUAAUAUUUGUAAUUAUCCUGAUUAUUGCCAUCAUGUAUAUUCUGCACAGUAAUGUCUGGAUCUAUGUGUAAUAUGAGUUAUGUUUAUCAAAUGAUCUACAGCAAUAAUUCAUAUAGCUUUUAGAAAUGUCUACUGCUGCAAAACAAGCACCAAAUGAAAUACCACAAUAAGUAUAAGCUGGGUAUAAGGAUAAAAAAACAAGUUUAAGAUAACCAUGGAUUAUUGGAUAACUGAUGUGAUAACGAUAAGGAUAAUCAUGAUUAGCAAUUAUCCUGUCUCUGUCUCUCUCUCUCUUUACCUUCGUCUAUCUCUCUCUUUCGCCCUCUUUACCUCCG